AUGGAAGCUAGCGGAGAAGAGGAAUUUAAGGAAUUUGUAGCAAGGAAUAAGAGGAAUGUUAAUUGAUUGCUUGAUAAGGAAAGAAAUGUGAGACUUAAGGCUUUGAAGGAAUUUGAUAAAAAUUUGUUGAAGGAGAAGAGUGAUGUGAUUUUGCAGAAAUUUUGGCAGAUACAUCUGCUCAAGCCGAUAGUUAAUAUUUAUAAUGACCCUAUUGAGAAGCUUAGAUGUCUUGGAAUCUCAAUUACUACUCAGAUACUGGAGAGACUUGACCUUGAUGAUGAAGCAGAGUUUAUUAUUCUAGGAAUUUGUGGAAGAAUGGGCAAGACUCCAUUCCCAGAGCCUUCUGAGGAAGUUCGAAUCGAAUUCCUAGAACUUCUCGAAGCUUGCCUCGAGAAAGCUCCAGGACAAUUCACUUCCAAGUUAACAGAAGUAAGUGUGAUGCUGUCCAAGAUCCUUCUGGAUAAUAAUCCAGAGAUGAAGAACAGAGCUUCCUCAUUCUGUGAAAACUUGUGAGAAAAGUUGAGUGACAAUAUCGGGCCAAAGUUGAAGAAAGUAGUUAUUUCCCUCACAGAGAAUCUAAAGCAUCAGCACUCUAAAGUGAGGAGAUCCUCACUUAAUGCUCUGAAGGUUGUCAUUGGUUGCAAAGGAGCAGAGGAGUUCCUUGAGGAAGCUCUUCCUCAGUUGAAGAUGACGAUCAAUGACAGACAUCAUGAUGUGAGAAGGGUCUGUGUAAGAGUGAUUGAUUACUGGCUGAAGAAUAUGGAUAUUAACGCAACUAAGAAGUUUCAGAAGGAUCUUCUUCUGUUCCUUUUGAAUGGGGUUUCUGAUGAGAUGGAGGAGAUAAGCGAGCAAGCAGUAUCAAUUCUUGAAAGACAUGGGACAGAUAUGAAGGAAGCGUUGGUAGCACUUGGAGAAGAAGAAGCUGAAGAGGAAAAGAAAGAUGUAGAAAUGGAGUUGGAAGGUUAG